AAUAAGGUGGGCAAUACUUUGCCUUACAUGGCAUCGGGAUGUGCGUCGUAUCAACCCAGAAGAUUUGAUACCCUUGUCCGCAGGCAAUUCAGGUACAUUUACUGACGUGAAUCAGUGUGAAAUUAGAAGAAGGCGUUUAACAAGUAGUGAUAAACGUAAUGUCAACUUGACUAUAAUGCAAAGCAAUUUGGCAAGCUUUAUAGCUUGGGGACUUCCAGCAUUUCAGACUGCAGCAGUAAUAGUAGCGAGACUUGUGGAUGCUGACGAACUUAUAGGUGCUUGUUUCGUUGGAAACCAGUCAGAUAGAGCCCUGCAAAUAUUGGUCGCAACACCACUUUUUUGUUAUUGGAUUUUCGGUUCCAUGAAUCUCGGCUCGGGUUAUUUAGUAUAUCGUCGCUAUAAAGUUUUAUUGAAAAACCCUCCAACACCCAUGGUGAAGCAACAAUUAGAGGCUAAGUGUCCAAGCUAUGAUUUUGGAACGUUCCUGUUCAUAUAUUGUAUUCCUUGUGCAUUUCUUUUGAUUUCUGUGAUCUACGAAUUUGUCAACAUUGAUAUUUGGCUUAAUAUACCACAUUAUUUCGUUUCAAACGAGGGAUUUACAACACCAAUGUGGCCUUUCAUGACUCGGGCAUUUAUGGAAAUAACAUUGGGAAUUAUAUGUUUUGCAUGGGUUAUAGGUCCAAAAAUAUCUGUAUUGUAUAAGCAACAGUUAGAGCUUCGAAAUUCCCAAGGAAGUAAUCGUAAUAAGAACUAUAAUUGCAGGACAACAUCUUAUCAAAGUGUACAACCACCAGUAAAUCUAUAUUCACAACAACGUGUUCCAGGUAGUAUUUCAAUGAACCAAAUAGCGAAAUACUCCCACAAUCAAAUUAUCACACAAAAUAUUCACAAUUCCAAUCAUUUGCACAAAAAUCAUUAUCAAAUAAGGCCACAGCAAAUUUAUCUGGAAUGUCAUGGAGAUGAAACUAUACUAUAACUAUUUUUAAGUAACUUGCCUCAAACUGUGUAACAAUAAGACUGUGAUAGUAUAAAAAACUUUAAUUUCUGGUUAAAGAAAACUAUUUAGAUUAUUAUUACUUAUUGCUUAGGAAAUCAAGUACUUAUUUUAUUCUUACUUUUGAAAAGUGCCAUUAAUUUUAAUCCACAUUAUAAUCUUAUAAAUUGAAUGUAUUGUUUCAUAAACUAGAUUAAAGAUUUACAAAUUUAAGAACUACCAAUGCAGUUACAUAAAAGUCUUUGUCCAAAAUAACGACUACAAAGUAUAAAGUUUGUGUGUGGAAUAUUCAGCCUGUCUGACUGUAUGUAACUGUAUAGGUAAGCUAUAUUUGUAUGUGCCUAAAUUAAUCAACU